AUGACCUCCAAAGAAGACGCAAAAGGCGCCUCGGUUGAGGAGAGAAGGCGCAGUCCGCUGGACCAUCUGCCUCCUCCUGCAAACUCCAACAAACCUCUGACGCCCUUCAGCAUUGAGGACAUAUUAAACAAGCCGUCGGUGAAACGAAGUUACUCGCUCUGCAGCACUGCGCAUCUCCUCUCGGCCGGUGAGAAGCUCCCAUCGGCGGCGCACCCGUUAGGCAGCCGGGCUCUGCUCACACACACCUCUCCUCUGUGCGCACUGGAGGAGCUCGCCAGCAAAACCUUCAAAGGGCUCGAAGUCAGUGUUCUGCAGGCCGCUGGAAGAGACGGCAUGACACUGUUUGGCCAGAGGAAUACUCCCAAGAAGCGGAGAAAGUCGAGGACAGCCUUCACCAAUCAUCAGAUCUACGAGCUGGAGAAGCGGUUUCUCUAUCAGAAAUAUUUAUCUCCAGCAGACCGGGAUCAGAUCGCGCAGCAGCUGGGCUUAACCAACGCGCAGGUCAUCACCUGGUUCCAGAACCGACGAGCCAAGCUCAAACGCGACCUGGAGGAGAUGAAAGCGGACGUAGAGUCGGCCAAAGCCAUGGGCUCGGUGUCUUUCGAAAAGAUGGCCAAAUUAGCGGACCUGGAAAAGUGCGCAAACGGCACGGCCGCGCCUCCGGUGAGCGAACCUGCGGGUCUGUGCGGGAGGGGAGCGGGACAGCGCGAGCCAGCGGCCUGUGUCUCCACCAUCACCGCUCACAGACCACACGACCAGCAAAGACAGCUCUGA